CACCAGCACUUCCACUUUGUAUGAGCCAUAGUCUUGUCUUAAUGCAGCAAAACAAUAGAUGAGCAACAGAAGGAAAUGACCUCUAUAAGUUGCUGGCAAACAGAACCGAUUGUUCCUUUUAUCACUUUUAUUUGCCCGAUUGUGGUGCUGGUGCGAGUAUAAAUGUGGGAGAUCCGGCAAGUGGAAUUCGCUCUGUAUCUUGUGGCCUUGAGAGAACUACCAUACAAGCAUGAAGUGUUUGCUCUUCGGUUUGGUCGUUUUUCUGGUUCCUCUUUUGAUUAAGGGAGAGUUUCCAGACUGUGAAACAACAUUUUUGGAACAAGGUCAGACGAGCUGCAUCGAUAACACGGAUGGGAUACAGCACGACCUGGAUUCCACUUGGAUCAACUCGCAAUGCUAUAAAUGUCACUGCUCGUCCGUCGGCAUGACUUGUUGCGACACGAUUGUACCACCAAACAACCCGAAUCCUAAACUCUGCACUGUGCAGUACGACUAUGACACGUGCCAGGCCCGAGUGGUCAACAGGGACGACCCGUCACUACCCUGCUAACAUGAUGAUUGAUACUGGAUUCUGAACAUUAAAAACAAAAUGCGACAUCAGAAUGUGUCCGGUAAAUUUAUUACAAUGAUCACAAUCACACUCAUGAUACCACACCCAAUAAAAACAUUUCUUAACACAGAUAUGUGUUUGUGGUUUAGGGGGACACUGCUUUUUUAACAAACACUGAAAUAUUAGUGUGUGUGCAACACCAACGGAUAUCACCUGUCCCAUAUAUAUUACAGCACAUUUAAAUUAUUUUAUUUCCAUAUCCCGGCUUGUUAUGAGGUCGAGGUCAAGGCACAUGGUAAACCAUUAUUCGGCCUGAAGCUGAGAGGGUUAGAGCUUUGGUCAAGGCCCCAACAAUGGCAGCUGGUUAAGCGGUGGGACUUCUGACCUUCCGAUCAGAAACCCAAUCAAACCCAUCCUGAGGCCAUCAAAAUAAAUUACAAUAUUCUAAAA